ACGACAAGCUGGCAGCCUCCAUCGCCCCCGAGAUCUAUGGGCAUGAGGAUGUGAAGAAGGCCCUGCUGCUGCUGCUGGUGGGGGGCGUGGACCGUAACCCCCGGGGCAUGAAGAUUCGGGGGAACAUCAACAUCUGCCUGAUGGGUGACCCAGGCGUGGCCAAGUCCCAGCUGCUCUCGUACAUCGACCGCCUGGCCCCCCGCAGUCAGUACACGACGGGGCGCGGCUCGUCGGGCGUGGGGCUGACGGCCGCCGUGCUGCGGGACCCGGUGACGGGGGAGCUGGCCCUGGAGGGCGGGGCGCUGGUCCUGGCUGACCAGGGCGUCUGCUGCAUCGACGAGUUCGACAAGAUGCUGGAGAGCGACCGCACGGCCAUCCACGAGGUGAUGGAGCAGCAGACCAUCUCCAUUGCCAAGGCAGGCGUGCUGGCCACCCUCAACGCCCGCUGCGCCAUCCUGGCGGCCGCCAACCCCGCCUACGGGCGCUACAACCCCAAGCGCAGCCUGGAGCAGAACGUGCAGCUGCCGGCGGCUCUGCUCUCCCGCUUCGACCUGCUCUGGCUGAUCCAGGACCGGCCCGACCGGGACAACGACCUGCGGUUGGCCCAGCACAUCACCUACGUCCAUCAGCACAGCCGGCAGCCGCCCUGCGCCUUCCAGCAGCUCGACAUGAAGCUCAUGAGGUGAGAGCUCGGU